AUUUGGCUUUGGUUGCUUUGUUUUUUCGCAGAAUGAGUAAAGAUCAGUCUCCUCUCCUUCUCUAACACUUGCGCGGGACGAAGAAGGGAUCGCCGGCGGCGGAGAUUCCCACGAGAGGUCGGAAUGAGAAAUGGUGGUGGCGAAGGUGGAGAAGAAGAGAGGAUAUCUGUUUCGGUGAGGGUGAGACCCCUCAUAUCACAGGAGAUUGAGAAGAAUGAUCAUUCAAAAUGGGAGAUCAUCAACAACAAUACUAUCAUCCUAAAAAGCAAUGCCCCAGAUCGAUCUGUUGUGCUCCCAUGUGCUUACACAUUUGAUAGAGUAUUUGGGCCCAAUAGUGACACAAGGCAAGUUUAUGAGGAAGGGGCAAAGGAGGUUGCUCUUUCUGUAGUCAAUGGAAUCAACUCAAGUAUAUUUGCGUAUGGACAAACAAGUAGCGGAAAGACAUACACAAUGAAUGGGAUAACUGUGUACACUGUGGAGGAUAUUUACGAAUACAUCCAGAAGCAUAAAGAGAGAGAAUUCAUUUUAAAGUUUUCAGCUAUUGAAAUAUAUAAUGAAGGUGUUAGUGAUCUUCUAAGUUCAGACAAUACCCCUCUUAGGCUUCUUGAUGAUCCAGAGAGGGGUACUGUUGUUGAGAAACUAACUGAGGUAAGACUAAGGGAUAAAUGUCAUCUUGAGGAUCUUCUAGCUAUUUGUGAAGAUCAAAGACAGAUUGGCGAGACCUCCUUAAAUGAAGCAAGCUCCAGAUCUCAUCAAAUACUCCGACUGACAAUUGAAAGCUCAGCUAGACAUCAUGAUAAGGAUAGCUCCAGCUCUCUUGCAGCCACAGUGAAUUUUGUUGAUCUGGCUGGUAGUGAGCGAGCAUCUCAGACAUUAUCUGCUGGGACAAAGUUAAAAGAAGGUAGUCACAUAAAUCGGAGUUUGCUUACUCUCGGAACUGUUAUUCGCAAGCUAAGCAAGGGAAGAAAUACACAUAUUCCUUAUCGAGAUUCAAAGUUGACACGAAUAUUACAGAAUUCCUUGGGAGGUAAUGCGAGAACUGCCAUUAUUUGCACAAUGAGUCCUGCGCGAAUCCACGACGAGCAGUCGAGAAACACCCUUUUAUUUGCAAGCUGUGCAAAGGAAGUAACUACCAAUGCAAAUGUUAAUGUUAUCAUGUCAGACAAGGCAUUAGUAAAACAUUUACAAAGAGAACUUGUUAGGUUGGAAGAUGAAUUGCAUUAUUUAGGCUUAGGCUCAACGCAUACAACAUCUCAUCUAGAUGUGUUGAAGGAGAAAGAUGCCAAAAUCAUAAAGAUGGAGAAAGAGAUAAGGGAGCUAAUUCAGCAAAGAAAUCUUGCUCAGUCUCGACUACACAACUUGCUUAGCUUAGUUGGGGAUGAUCAAGCUUUGAGACUAACGGAGGAAUAUGGACGGUUUAUGCCGAAACCAAAGGCACAUAAUCUUUAUGAGGAUGAUCAUUCUUCAAGACAUUGGGGGGAAUCCAUCCAACUAUCUGUUGGCCAUCAACCUGUUGCUUCUGAAGAUGAAUCAUCCAUAUCGCAAGCAUCGGGAAUUAGUUAUCACAGUCCAGAAUUUGGCAUUUCAAAGUGCAGGUUUCCAUAUGUUAAUGAUAGCUAUGAUCGAAAUCACCUAAAGUCUGAAAACUCGGUGAACAGUGCUAGAUACUUUCCUCGAAAUACUUAUCAAAGUCCAAGAAUUCCUCGAUCCCAAUCUGGAAGUUUGGACGACCAAUGCAAAGAGGUUCGGUGUAUCGAAAUAAACGAUUUGAAGAAGAAAACAGAUGAGUCCAGUCUCCUGCUGGAUGACUAUGACAGUCUUCUACCAAUGACUUUUGAAGCCAAGGAACCAAGUCUUAAAGCAGGCAACAGUUUUGGACUUGCCUUGCAAAAUCAAGUUAAAAUGACACAAACUAGUGAUAAUCUUAUGAAACCAGUUCCAGAUGUAUUAACUCCAAGGUGUGCAAAUUCUCAAGAAAAUCCAGCAUGUUCUACAAAAUCUUUUUGUGUUGAGGAUAUAAAGCACAAUAACAAUACACCGACUUACAGCUUGCUAAACGAUUUUCCACUAAGGCCUGAAAAUGCCUCAAAUGGAAAUUCUUCGGCAAGUUCCGGAAGAGAAACUGAAGUUCGUUCUGGAGUUUCUCAGAAACUAGAAAUUUCUCCAAGGGAGGAGCUCAAAGUUGAAGACGCCACCAUUGCUAGUGAAGAUAAGGUUAGAGCAAGGGGUUCAAAGAACGCUUAUGAAACUUCCCUUCCAAGCAUUUCCAACCAUGUUGAACAGCUGGAGAAGGUGCCGCAACCGCAAAAUCAGAAACAAUUAGUACAACACCAGGAGAUGCAUCAAAACCCUAACGAAAACUACAAGGCAGAGGAAACCAAAAAUGUAGCCAGCAAUGAAACACUGUCAAGUUCUUCAGAAUCUCCUUCUCAAUGGCCUUUGGAAUUUAAAAAGCAGCAGAGAGAGAUAAUUGAACUAUGGGAUACAUGUAAUGUCUCCCUGAUCCACAGGACUUACUUCUUCCUCCUCUUCAAAGGUGAGCCUACUGAUUCUAGCUAUAUGGAGGUGGAGCAUAGGCGUCUAUCUUUUCUCAAAAGAAAUGAGAGUGGAACUGUCGCCUCCAGCCUAAAGAAUCUUCAACGCGAGCGAGCAAUGCUACACAGGAGGAUCCAGAAGAAGCUUUCUUCAGAGGAAAGGAACAAUCUUUACAUCAAAUGGGGCAUAGAAGUGGAUUCUAAGAAGCGUAAAAUGCGUUUGGCUAAGCUGCUAUGGACUGAUACCAAGGACAUAGAAUGUGUUAAAGAAAGUGCUUCGCUUGUGGCCAAGCUAAUUGGGCUCCUGGAACCUGAGCUGGUUCUCAAGGAGACGUUUGGACUUAGCUUCAUGCCACGAGAAUGUCGCCGACGGUCUUUUCGCUUCAAUUUAAUGUUUUCUUCCAGGUGAGCCAUAGUAGAUUUCAGAAGACUGACCAGUCUGUCUUGUUCUUGUCAUAUUUACAAUGAUUUGCUUUCUUAUUUAUGUGUCAUUCUUUGGUGUUAUGAUUUGUUUGUAGAAAGGUUUAGAUUUAACUAAAAAGAAACAAUGCAAUGGUGAAGGGCUUAGAAGCUAAUUGUUGCCGUUGAUAUUAUUAUUAUUGUUAUUUUGCAGUUCUAGGUGAUUAUAUAUUCGGAGCAAUUUCAUGUUUAACACUCAAAUCACAUGUAUUUAUAAAACUAACACUUACCUAGAGUCUAAUGAUGCACGGAUACUUCUCCUCAAAUAGGCGUGCAGUGUUUGACAC